AUGUUUGAUAUUUUAUAUAAAUGGUUGGGAUUUUUUAAUAUUUUUGCAAUUUAUUCCAAAUUUAAUAUAUAUAAUAAUAAGGUAGAGUGUCUAGACAAAAUUAAUGAGAUAUAUGAAGCUUUAAAUAAUGCAAGAAGUGAAACAUGUUAUCAUUAUUACUGGUCAUCAAGUAGUGGUUCAGUUGAUGAAUCUAAUGCACAGGAAGCACGAAUUAUUAAAUUAGAUACUAUACUAGAUGAACUGAAGGAGAUGUAUGACAAAGUUAAUGAAUCUAAUAUCAAUGAUUUUGAACAAACUAUUGAAUCACUAAGUAAAUCUUUAAAGUCUAAACAAUGCAGAGAUAUAGCUUUAUUAUAUAUUUCAAGAAAUAGUAAUACAAAUAAUAAUUUAAAUAGUAAGUAA